AUGGACGAUGCAUUCUUUUCUAUAUUGGUAGAUGAAUCACGUGAUGUUUCAAUAAGAAAGCAAAUGGCAGUGGUGUUGCGUUUUGUGAACAAAAAAGGGCAAGUAAUUGAAAGGUUUGUGGGUGUCCAAUAUGUCUCUGAUAUGACUAGUAGCAAAUUGAAAGAGGCAAUUGAGCAGUUGAUUUCUUCAACAAAUUUGAGCAUGUCCAGGCUACGAGGACAGGGGUAUGAUGGUGCUAGUAAUAUGAGAGGUGAGCUCAAUGGUCUUAAAACACAGAUUUUGAGAGAAUAUCCUCAAGCAUAUUAUGUCCAUUGUUUUGCACAUCAACUACAACUAGCUCUUGUAGCCGUGGCAAAGGGAAAUGAAAACAUUGCUACUUUCUUCACAACGGCUAGUAGUGUCGUUAAUAUUAUUGGAGCAUCGUGUAAGCGUCGUGAUGCACUUAGAGAGCAACAACAAAAAGAUAUUAUGGAAACUCUUGAAAUUGAUGAUCUUGAAACGGGGCGAGGGUUAAAUCAAGAGACUACUCUCAAACGUCCUUGUGAUACACGUUGGAACUCACAUUAUGAUACUUUACUUAGUAUUAAUAUUAUGUUUCAUCCCGUGGUGAAGGUGCUUGAAUGGAUUGUUGAUGAUGUCAACCAAGAUAAUUUAGGUGAAGCAAAUAGGUUGUUGAAAGAAAUACAAACUUUUGACUUUGUGUUUCACUUAUAUUUGAUGAGAUUUAUAUUGGGAAUCACAAAUGAUUUAUCAAAGGCAUUACAAAAGAAAGAUCAAGAUAUUGUGAAUGCGAUGAUGUUGGUCCAAAGAUGUAAGCAAAAGCUACAAUCCGUGAGGGAUGAUGACUUUGAUGAUUUGCUCAAGGAAGUAUCAAUAUUUUGUGGUAAAAAUGAUAUUGACGUUCCUAACAUGGAUGAUUUAUUUGUACCACAAGGGAGAUCAAGACGUAAAGCUCAUAAAAUCACAAACCGCCAUUAUUAUUGUGUGGACUUAUUUCUUACUAUCAUUGAUAAGCAACUAGUGGAAUUGAAUAAUCGCUUCACUGAGGUAAAUACUGAAUUGCUUCUUUGUAUGGCAUGUUUGAGUCCGGCUUAUAAUUUUGCAGCUUUUGACAAACAGAAAAUACUUCGUUUUGCUAAAUUUUACCCUCAAGAAUUUAAUGACCGAGAUCUCAUGAAGCUUGAAGAUCAACUUGGGCUUUAUAUUGUUGAUAUGCAGAGCAUCACAGAGUUUUCAUCAUUGAACGGAAUUACUGAUCUGGCAGAAAAAUUGGUGAAUACAGGAAGGAGUAGAAUAUACAACUAUGUGUAUUUACUUCUUACAUUGGCUUUAGUUUUACCCGUUGCAACUGCUUCGGUUGAGAGAGCUUUUUCAGCUAUGAAUAUUGUGAAAACACCAUUGCGUAACAAAAUGGGGAAUCAAUGGUUGAGUGAUAGCUUGGUUGUUUACAUUGAGAAAGAUGUUUUUUCUUGUAUUAGUAAUGCAAAUAUAAUGCGACGUUUUCAUGAUAUGAAACCUCGUCGGCAACAAUUGUAG